AUGUCUUCUGAAUUCAACUAUCGAGCAUUUUCUGUCACUUCAGUUGGAUUUAUUGCUUCAAUUUUUAUUGUGGUUCUCAAUAUUCGACUUCUAUGGAAAUUUCAAAACUCUCUCAUGAAAAACAAACCUGAAUAUCACUUAUUCAAAAUUAGAUUCAUAGUUGAUAUAUGUUAUUCUUUGACAGUUAGUAUAUACUACUUUUCAUUAAUUGUGUCUUAUAUCUCUCCUUUCAUUCUUUUCCAAUAUAAAUCACUGUUUAUUGCAACGUUAUUAUCCUCAAACGUUGUCUCAACCAGGUUUUUCUUGGGAGCUUUAAUUUCAAUUGAGCGGCUCAUUGCUGUAUUUUUACCUGUCAAAUUCCAUAAUAAUCGACAGAAAAUAUCAAUUUUCACAUUUUUUAUUAUGUUAGUAUUGUGGGGAAUGCUGGAAGAUGUUAUGUAUUUUUGGGUUUGCAAUAUUUCUCCAUUUGAAAAAACUUGCUCAAUUUUGGGGUGCACUUGGAAUGAUUGUUUUUUGCAAUACUGGACUGGAAACAAACUUAUAAUUGGUUUAUUUACAUGCAUGAGUUCUUUGAUUCUAUUCGUAAAACUUUUAUCACUGAAAAAAGCAAUGAAUCUGAAUAAUGAUCUGUCAAAAACGAAUUACUUAUGCAUCGGCGACGCGUGCCUAACUCUUAUAUUUGACUUUUCACCUUUUCUGGUGACACUCAUUUUCAAAACUCAACUUUUGUCAGCAGACAUCUAUGGGCCAUACAAUGCUACUGCGAAAAGUCUUGCAUGUUUUAUUGAUGCUGUAAUUGCAGCUAUCGUGUUGAAAAUACCAUCAAAAAUAAAUUCUAUAAAGAGUGUAAAUCCGCGUAGUGGAAUCACUUCCGACCGACAUGGAUCAAGCCGAACUCAAUUUUAA